UGGCUGGUUUAGUUUGAAUCCAACAUGGAAGGUUUCAAGUUAAUAGUGCUUUUGGUACUGCUGAUAAUACCCCAAUUUUAUUCAACUACUAACGGAUACAGCCAUCGACACCCUGGCUUUGCCCAGCGCUUGCAGAUUAAACCUCUCUGCUUGCAGGUGCCUCAGAAACACACCGAAGCUCCAACUCCAACGCCGACUAUAAUCUUUUCUUCAUUGGAGGAGGUCAGCGAAGCAGAAGCAGAUUAAUCGUACUAGAGUUCCCCGCCGAGUAUCAUCAUACUGAAAAUUGCAAUGUCUUCUACGUGGAUUCACCUGCUGGGACUGCUGGCUCUGUUCCUUUUCGUCAACCUGGCUACAGGAGAA